CAUUUGAACAGCAGAGCGGCCAGUGUGACCCAAGGCUUUACAUGUGCAAGACGGAGGCUGGCACCGCGCAAGAACCGUCAUCAUACAUAUAAUUUUGACUCCAAGGGCGACAGACAGACAGACAGACGCUCUUAUCAGCGACGCCCGCACGUAGCUUCAGUAACAAUUACAAGCUUCGUUGCCUCUCGUUGCAGCCAAGGAUCUCAAGACGUCACCCCGGCGCCGGUCCGAAUCUCUGCCCAAUACGAGUCCCUCGACCUCAGGACUCCUUCGCCGACAUGGCCCCGAAGAUCAACAAGAAACUUUUGCCUUUGAAGGUUCACUACUUCCUCAAGUAUGGUGGAAUCGCUCUCCUCCCAUUCCUGCCAGUGGUUGUUCGACAGAAGGGCGUACCUGCCCAGGGCGUGGGUCUUAUGUGGACCGUUACUCCUUUGGCUUCUGCUAAGGCUGCCAUCACAUUUGGGGCGCUCGCGGAUGCCCUCAAGAUCCACCGCGCUAUUUUCCUGGUGGGUCUGGCCAUCCUCGGCGCUUCAUUCACCGCCAUGUUCUUCGUCCCGAGCAUUCCUUGGCGAGAGAUGGAUGCUCCUGUCUCCAGCACGGUCGAGCUUCUGUGUAAAGAAGACACCACCUCCCUGGGAAUUUGUCCGGGUGCUGGCAAACCCGAAAACUCAAUUUUGCCGCUGUUUCUCGACUGUGAUUCUAACGAUGUCGUUAGUGCAGGCGUGAUGGACGAAUGGACUUCGGGGAACUGCAGUCUCCAGUGUAAUCUGCCGUACUCGCUCGACGAUGACAGAGAUGAUGUGGGGGAAGGGACGGAGAUUACAGUGCUGUUGGGCGUGGAUCCCCCGCAUCAGUUGUGCAAUAACGGUACUUGUCUUAUGUCCGUUGGGGUCGACCUCGAUAAGUACUUCCAUAAAAAGAACAACUUGUCCUGUGGCGUGACUUACCAUGGCACUUGCCGAUACGUGUGCGGCGCGAAGUCUGGCGAGCAUAAGGAUACCACCCUCACACACCUACUUAAGACGGGAGAAUUCUGGCUCAUGUUCCUCUGUCUUAUGUUGGUUUAUGGCUCCAACAGCACCACCACGACUAUGGCGGACACAGUUUGCUUCUAUUUGCUAGGACAGGAUCGCCAUAAGUAUGGCCACCAGCGACUGUGGGGCAGCCUUGCCUGGGGUAUCGUGGGUAUGGCGAGUGGCGCUUUGGUUGACCUCUUCUCUGUGGGUCAGCCAAAAGUCAAUUAUCUGCCUGCACUCGUCAUCGCUGUGACGUUCCUAACCCUCAAUGUUAUUGCCUCCACGAAGAUCACGUUUGAAGUGCCGAAGAAGGAGAAGCUGACAGCCAGCACCAUGUACAACACAUUCUGUUCUCCGAGGAUGAUUGUGUUCCUGAUGACAGUCCUGGUGCUUGGGAUGACAAUGGGAAUCCAAUGGACAUUCCUUCUUAUUGUUGUGGAGGAUGUGGCAAAUGUCUGGGACCCAACAUUCCCGUACAUCAAGUUACUGCAAGGCCUUUUAGUGGGCAGUGACUGCUUCUUAGGAGAUGUCCCUUUCCUCUAUAUUUCUUCUUAUAUCAUCAAGAAACUUGGCAACAUCUUAACCUUCUUGAUGGUGCUUGUUGUGUUUAGUAUUCGCCAUUUGUUAUACUCAGCAGUUGUCAAUCCAUGGUACUUCUUGCCUGUCAGCCUGCUGCAUGGCCUUUCAUUCUCAGUGUUUUAUCCUAAUAUGAUGUCAUAUGCAAGUUCCAUGGCUCCAAAGGGUGUCCAAGCAAUGAUGCAGGGUACUGUAAAGUCCUUUUUCAUUGGAGGAUCUGCUGUAGGAGGAUUCCUUGGUGGUACACUUAUAGAAACAGUUGGUGGCUCCAAAACCUUUCUGUAUCUAGGACUGUUCCUAGCUGUGUAUACAAUGAUCUUUGCUGCAGUUCAGUUACUCAUCUACAAAAUACAUCCAGAGAAUCCACAAGAUGGACGUGGUGAAUACAGUGUUCCUGUCGACAGUCCUAUCCAGAAUGAGAAGGAAGAUGUAGAAGCACAGAACGAUCCACAAGAGUUACAAAAGACUCCUUUAUAUAAGGAUGAUAUAAUCAAAGAUCCUUUUAUUGAAAAUUAAGAAAGUGAAUUGUGUGAAUGCCUAGUGAUGCCUUUAUAUAUGUGACAUCAAAGUAUGUUGUAUACUGAGUGAUCUCUGAGUGUACAUAAAUGUUUACUUACUCAUCUGUGUACCUGGAGCUUCACUGUGUUGUAUGUUUUUUUAAGUACUGGAAAUGGGUGAUGUGAAUAUUUUCUGAGUAUUUGUGCUUACUCUAUUCUGAGUUUUUUAUUCAGAAAGAAAACAUUCAAUUGCUGUGAUUUUUGGUCUAAGAUAUACCAUUACCGUAUGUGUUGCAUAUGGUGUUCACCUCAGUAUUUGUGAUUUUAAUGGCAUUUCAAAAUGACUUAGACUAGAGUGCAAUAUUAACAUGGUUUACUUAGUGAUGAACAUGUUCACUCUGUCCACUCUGUAAAAUGAACAGUUACUUUUAAAAUGUGCUGUGAUGAACAAUCAAACCUUUGCUACUAAGAAUAUAGUCAUGAAAACUACUUUCUUCUUAAAAUGUGCAGUGAUUCUCAUAGUUUAUAGUAAUUAACAGUAACUAUGGUCUUUAAACCUUACGACUGUGAUGUCAGUGUACCGGUGAAUCGUAACUGUAUAUCAGUUAUGAAAAGUGAACUCUGUAAGAUAUAAUAAUGAUUGCAAUAGAAGAGAGAGUUUGUUAUAUUUUCUGUAACAUCUUUGUUCUAUUAUCAUUUCUAUUUAUUAUUAUAAUUACUGCUGCUAUUACCUCACUUAUUAUUUUUACUAAUGCUACUAUUGCAAAUGUUACUAAUACUGUAUUACUGUUUUGACCAUGACUUAGAAUACUGUUUUUGUCAUAUAAUGUCCUAGUUAUUUUUUCUGUUUAUUAUUAUUACUAUCACCAGCAUAAUGAUUAUUAUAAUUGUUAUUAUUACUACUAUUAUCAUUAUUAUAAUCAUUAUCUUUAUUUUAACCAUUGUUGGUCUCGUUAUUACUCUUCAUCCUUUUAUUCCUACUACAAUUACUAUUUUCGUUACUAUUAUGUAAACCUUCUAUACUGUGGUAUUUUUAUGUUUCAUGAUCACAUGAAGUGGCAAUGUAAUUAUUUUAGUUACUGAUAUUACCUUUGUAUCAGCCUUUGAUCUCACUUUGAUAUCAUCUGUCAGUAGUGAACACUUAUACCUCGUUAGCCCAUUUAACUGUAAAUAUAUUCAUGUACAUUAACCAUUACCUUUAUGAGAGCAGAGGAUAUGAGAGUGAACCAACUGAUGUUUUACAUCCGAGAUAUUCUGGCAUUAAUGUUGGCCAAAUAUUUAGGCAUGAACUAGGAUAGAUUAUAUUUUCUUCAAAUGGAUGUAUAAAAUAUAUAUUGUAUUAUGACUUUUA